GGCAGACUGGGUGAGGAAGUGAAGACUACUGACUUUCGUUUCCUUCGCGAAACUUUUAUUUAUACGUGCACGUUCUACGUCGGAAAGGAGAACUAAAAGCGGCAGAGACGAACAGUAGCACCGGUGGGACAGAGACACAGGUGUUUCUGUCUCAGGUGGACUAACUGGAAGCCCGCGAGGAGCAACGCGCGAGAAGCAUGAUGGAGGCAUCUGAAAGAGAAGAUUUGUUUGGGGAUGAUCAGGUUGUAGCGCCUCCCAAUGGCGUGGUAAAUGAACUACUGAAUGUGGAGCAAGAAGACAACAUGCAGGGCCAGAUGGAGGAGUUUCUUGGCCCGCAGGCAGAGUACAACGAGGAGGAGGAGGAGAGGAAGUACUACAGGAGGAAGAGGCUGGGAGUCAUCAAGAAUGUUCUCGCAGCCAGUUUUGGAGCGAUGAUUGUAUAUAGUGUGUACAUGGGCCUACUGCAGAUGCAGCUCAUCCUCCAUUAUGAUAUGACAUACCGUGAGGUAAAGUACAGCAACCUUGGCCUGGAGGACAUCGACCGCAAGAUGCUAAUGGGCAUCAACGUCACGCCCAUCAUAGGCCUGCUGUACACCCCCAUACUCAUCAGGUUUCUAGGUACUAAGUGGAUGAUGUUCCUGGCUUCAGGAAUCUACGCACUCUUCGUCUCAACCAAUUACUGGGAGCGAUACUACACCUUGGUUCCCUCAGCUGUAGCAAUCGGUGUGGCCAUUGUGCCGCUCUGGGCCUCCUUGGGAAAUUAUAUUACAAGGAUGGCGCAGCAGUACUACGAGUACGCCAACUACAAGGAAGAGCACGUGCAGGAGCAAAAGAAGCUUCCUAAGGGAGCGUGCCACAGCUACAUCAUCGUCUUCCAGUCAGUCUUCAACAUCAUCUUCCAUCUGAGCUUUGUCUUCGCGGAGUUCCCCAUGAUUUUCGUCCUCAACAGCUACCUGCAUUACAACGAACACGUUCUCUGCAACGUCAAAGCCUGUGGAGCAACGGUCACCGGAGUGAUCCCCGGCUUCAACACCACCGUGCUGAUCAACCUGCCUCGCUCCAUGCUGCUUAUCCAAGUGGAGAGUGUCCUCAUGGGCUUCGCCUUCCUCGCCAUGAUUAUUUUCCUUGUGCUGUGUGGUGCUGCCUACCGCCCGACAGAAGAGAUCGACCUUCGCAGUAUCGGCUGGGGAAACAUUUUCCAGCUGCCUUUCAAACACCUGAGAGACUACCGCCUGCGACUGCUCUGCCCCUUCUUCAUCUAUAGCGGAUUUGAAAUGCUGUUUGCGAUCACCGGAUUCUCCCUGACGUAUGGUGUCUGCAUUUUGGGCCUGAGAAAACUGUGGCUCCUUAUACUCGUCUAUGGUCUCUCCUGCUCCAUCUUUUCCUCACUCUCCCUUUGCCUCCUUCGCCUCCCGCGCUGGCUGUGUCUGGUGGCGGGUGCUGUUGUGCAUGCGGUGCUGCUGGUGGCACUCCUGUCGUUUUCUAUAGUUCACGACAAAGAAAAUCUUAACAGAACAGAGUAUCUGGGCCCUCUGCUGGUGAUCUCUGUGCUGUGGGGACUGGGCACUGCCCUGAACAAGACCGGGGUCAGCACUCUGCUCGGUCUGCUGUACGCAGAGGAAAAAGAACGUCUGGACUUUGUCUACACCAUCUAUCACUGGUGGCAGGCCAUCGCCAUCUUCAUAGUCUACCUCUGGUCCAAUCUGCCGAUGAGGGCCAAACUCUCCAUCCUGUUGUUCACUUUGUUGGUGGCCUGUUACUGUUAUUGGUUGAUGGAGCGCCGGCUUGCCAAUAAAGUGCCUUUCAGGCUGCCUCGCAUCCCUCGGCCCCGGCACAAGGUCAAAGGCUACCGCUACCUUGAGGAGGACAACUCAGAUGAGUCCGACUCUGAGAGAAGUGAGGAGGAUGACGGAGAUGACGAGGAGGAUGGAGACCAUGUGGUGGAAGAGAUGGGAGCAGAGGACAGGGAGGAAGGAGGCCAAGACGGAGGGGUGCAGGGAGCUGACUCACCCAGAAACAGGAGGAGAGGGGCUGAGGGUCACCGUCACAGACGGGAGGACGCCCAUGUGAAGUAGGGAGAGAGGGAGGAAUGUGAGCGAGGGUGAGAGAGGAGAAAUGAGGGGAGAUGGUGGACAGAAGAGGAGGAGAGUUAGAGACGCGCUGGAUGCUGUUGUGUUCAUGACUCCAUUCAUAUUUUUACAGAUACUACACUAAACAAAUCAUUUCUUUUCUGGAAUAAGCUGGAAUUAAAAAGCUCUGAUCACCUGUUCGACUGUAACAGCGAUCCACAGGAGAAGGUACAGAAACCAUAUGGCCAUUUAACAACAGAUAUGACGGUCUUAAAAAGUAGCGCACACUGGAUAAUAAUAAUAUAAUAUAAUAAUGAAUAUAAUAAUAAUACAACAAGAAGAGUUCUUUUUUUUGUUUUUUUUUGUAUUGUGAUGAAUACAAAGCCAAAAUGAAUGUCUUGUUUUUUGUAUCUUUUUUGUAUCCGUAAAACAAUAUACAGAACCAAAAACAAAAGCAGCAACAACAAGAAUACUUUAGUUUUUCCUUUGCUGCAGUUUGCGGCUCAUAUUUACAGACUGUACUGGUAAUCAUAGAGGGAGUUGCAGUUGCUUUUGUGCUUAUCCAAGUAGAAAACACACUCUGUAACAUAGAACUUGGUUUCAUUUUUAAAAGAGCUUGUUGAGAAAAAAAGAACUGAAAGUGACAGAAAAAGAAAUGAGGAAUUGAUUUUCUAAGCUUAUCCUCCGGGUGAAGUGUGUUUUGCUGGAGUAAUUUUUAGACAGUCUGGUCCUGCUGGAUGUGAACAGCGUAAGCAGCCUCGGCUAUAUUUGAUCUUCUGUCCUUGUUUGCCUUCAACCCUUUAAUUUAUGCACAAUUUUUAGAGAAAACAAGCCGACUCAAGCUAUUAAAAGAAGCUCAGGCAUGUGUUUGUUGCCUGAUAUUUCUUGGGAGAAGUUUAAUAUGAAUAUGAAUAUAUGUAACAGUGGCCUCAGGGAUAUGUUAGAGUAAUUAUUGUGUGGACUGGCUCAAUUGCUUAAUAUAGUAAUCUACAAUAUUAAAGUAAACAAUAUAAUACAAUAGUAUACAGCCACGCUAGCUCCACCUAGGGACCGUGAUCUGCUAACGUCAGCUGUUAACAUGCUCACAGUAACUAUGUUAACAUGUUGAUGUUUAGCAGGUAUAAUGUUUACCAUGUUCAGUAUCUCUGAUAUGUGCUAAAUAGCACUAAACACAAAGUAUCUCUGAGGCUAAUGGGUAUGUCCUUGUCUGCAGGUAUUUGGGCAUAAACCAAAGCAUUGGAUAAUCUAAGGUGAUGGAUGAAAGUCAGUCUGUACCAAAUCUGAUGGCAAUUCAUCUCAAAGUCAGAUUCACAUUCAGACAUUUAACUCAGAAUCAUAAAUGUCAAGCUGCUGAGUCAUUAGGAUUCACCGCCUGGGGACCAUAAAUAUCUGUACAGAAUUCCACAGCAAUCUGUCCUAUAGAGGUUGAGAUAUUUCUGUGUGGACCAAAGUGGUAGACAUCCAGCCAUUCAGAUUCAGAUUCAUACCGCUAGCGUGGCUAAAAAACAGCAGUGACUAACUAUUUAGCCAAGAGCUGGUACACAAAAUAACAUAUCAAGCAAACAAGGUCAGUUGCCUUGAAACUGAACACAUAUCAGGGUGUCAUCAUGUCCUUAAAACCCUUAAAAAGGUUUUGUAACAGUUGUAUUUGUUUAAGUAUUAAAAUGUGAUACAUAUAUAUAUAUAAUAUUGGAGAUAUUGUCAUGAUUCAAAAACAGCUUUGUUUUUGCUGAAACCAAGGCCUACUCGGUCUUUUCCACAUCAAAGCAGGAGAAACAGGUGAAGAAAAUAAUACAGUGAAUGGCUGCUGAAUUUUGUUUAGCUGCUUCAGUUUCAGGGUCCUGGUGUUGUGUGUGCUGGCUCACUGUCAAGCCUGACUGAGACACUUGAAUAGAACAGAGCCAUUGUUAAUGUUAUCAGUAACACCUGUGCUUAAGUCAAAGUGUCUGCAGUAAAACAGGCGUAUUAAUCACAACCAGUUGGCAAGUUUGGAGACCUGCUAUUGGACGAUUUAGUGAUUGCGAGAACACAGAUGUCAUUAUAUACAAAACCUGUACAGUAUGUCACUCUGCUGUGCUUUCUUAUCACUCUGUUUCCUGACAUGUCUUUUGUUUUUCUGUGCAUGUAAAGUUUGUAAAGUUAUGUCAUGUUGGAAACAACCUGGCUUCAUCACACUUUUUAUAUUUUUAGUUUGAGUUGGUUUGAUCCAGGCAGCAUUUAAACAAAAGUAACUAACAGUUAUGUCAGGACUGCAAGCUGUCAUGUUUUCAUACUGAUGGUCAAACCUUCCUGUAUAUUGUAGGUUCGGUACCCAGAGUUUGUAUAGUUUAUUUUUGGGGGGGCUUUUUUGCCUUUACUGGACAGGACAGGAACAACAGGAAAGGGGGAGAAAGAGUGAGAGUGACACGCAGCAAAAGCCCACAUGUCAGACUCCCAGGUGAGCGCCCCCAACAGUUCUCUUUUGUAAUGAAAAAUAACUCCUAAUGUUUCAGUGAGCUGAUGCCAGUGGUACGCAGUGUUGCACUGAUCUCUAUGACGGUGUUAAUUUAUGUAAUGUCAUGUGAAACUCUUUGUUGAUGUGUUCAGGAAAACACUUUGUACUUCUCUCUUAAUUACACCUGUACAUUCAACUAAAGAUUGUGCUGAACUUA